AUGCGUUGGUUCCAGCGACGUAGUAAGAAAACGUGUUAUGAUAAUGAGAACUUUCGAACACAAGUACCAAGAAAAUCGAUUCUUCGAUCAAAUCCUCGAGUAAAUUCUAAUUUAAAUCUAGUGAAUGAUGAUGGAAAUUAUGAAAAUGAUUUGUCUACAAGUAUUUCAUUGGUCAAUUUACGAUCUUCUCCAGAUAUUAGGCGUAGAAGAAUGUCAACAAGUCGAUUUUCACAAAUCAAUGUAGAUAAUUCAGAUAGUGAAAAUGAAAUUUUAAAUAGUAAUCAACGAACUGUACUAUUUCUUGAUCAAGUUGUAGCUCCAGAUAGAAAUCGUUUAUCAAAAGCAUUCAAUAAUGAUAUAGAAGAAAAUAAUUAUUCUAUUUAUACUGGUGGAAUUAGAUCACCAAUAUUAUCACGAACUAUCAGUCCAUCUUCUUCAUCCUCCUUAGCCUCUUAUCCAGCGAAUUAUGAACCAUCACCAUUAAUACGCAAAAAGAGUCUUGAUGAUCCAGGUAUUGAAUUAGUUAGUUGCACUCCAUUACCAUAUUCUACAACUAGUCAACAACGUGAAAAUACUUCAAAAGUUCAUAAAUUGAUGAAAACAACAGCACGAAAACGUUUACCACAUUUGAGUGCAUUUAGUAGACAGAGAAAAAACGGUAAAAAAGUUAAUCUUAGUUUAUCAGUAGAUGAAGAAUUGAAUGGGAUGGAUAAAGAUAUUAUUAAUAAUCAUAAUCAAUUCGAUGGAGAGAAUGUAUAUGAUGAAUUAUCUCGUCUGAACUCAAAUGAUGGACAUUUCAACGGUGUACAUGACAUGUUUGAUGCACCAGAUGCCUGCAGUUCAGCUCAUAAAAAUGAAUUGAAUCAGACAGCAGGAACUAUAGGUGACAGGAAGAGUUUAGCAACAAUGGAAACAAUGCGGACAACGAAAACUGGGACAUCAUUAAGACUGAUCAAUCAAAUCAAAAUCAACCAGAAGAAUUAUUAUAACACUAACAAGAAUUCACAACAUUAUCGUGGACUGAAUCUCGAAAAAACGCCUACUGGUAGUACAGAAACACUGGUCGGUGCAUCAAGACAAUUGACGCUGGAGAAUCGAUCUAAUUACAAGACACCAACAAUCUAUAGAGAAAAACCGUAUCGAGUUAUUUCAUCAGAACUUUCACAAAUAGGUCGAGGUCAUGACACUUACCAUGGUCGAAUAAUCGAUGCUAAUCAACCUGACUGGAGAACAAUAUCUUCUAGACAGUCACCAAAAUGCUAUGACAAUGAUAGUACUAGUAGACAUACAACAAAUUCACAAACUCCUCGAAUUAUUUAUGUAUCAAAGCGGAAGUCAGUGGACUGUGAAAGUGACAGUGAACUGGCAAUUAACCGAGAUCGAAUCAUUCCAAUCUCUAAUAUAUCUGAACCAAUUAGUACAACAACGUUUUCACAGCAUACUCGCAAGUCUGAUCAAACCUAUGUUAACCAAUAUAAUCAUGUUGCUCCUACAACUUCAUCAGUUCGUAGAGGAAGUAUAGAGAUUAUACACUAUAAUGAUGAAGAUAAUGAUUUAUAAGAAUGAUGAUCAUAGUGUCAAACGUGAAUAUAAAAUAUGAAAACUGAGGUUUUUUUGAAUGUUAACGCUUUCAAAGUUGGCAUUUUUUAUCGUCCACUAUCAUAUAUAUCAAAAUUCAGUUUAUUUGAAGUGCUAACGAAAUAACAUUACACCCUAUCGUAUUUCAUCUGAAUUAAAAGUAUGUACAACCUUCAGCUUUA